AUGGAUCGAAGUUGGAUGAAAGCAAAACGAAUCAGUGACGAGUAUGAGAACGGGGUGGAACAAUUUCUACAAUUUACUCAACUUAAUGCUAAAAGCUUGAGGGGCAAUUAUUUCUGCCCAUGUGUUAAAUGUCUUAAUGGUAGACGACAGUCAGUUGAUGAAAUCCGAUCACAUCUGAUAUGUUACGACAUCAUUCCAAAUUACACAAAAUGGAUAUGGCAUGGGGAAUUGGCCGACAUUCCAACUGUUUCUCAGUCUCAGGCGGUACACAAAGACAACGGAGAACGUAUAAAGGAAAUGAUCUGUGAUCUUGGACAAGAGACUUUUGAGCAAGUGCAUGCACCUCUGUAUGAUACAAUAGAACGUGAUUCCAACACGCCAUUGUGUUCGGGGUGCACAUCUUUCACGCGAUUGUCAGCAGUCUUAGCUUUGGUAAACUUGAAGGCAAGAUUUGGGUGGAGUGAUAAAAGCUUCACUGAAUUGCUGGUGUUAUUGAAGAACAUGCUUCCUGAACAUAACACUUUGCUGAAAAAUCAUUACGAGGCCAAAAAGAUUUUGUGUCCAGUGGGAAUGGAGUACAAGAAGAUUCAUGCAUGCCCUAAUGAUUGCAUAUUGUAUAGAAAUGAGUAUGCAGAACUACGACAAUGCCCCACGUGUGGGGUAUCACGAUACAAAGUGCAGCAUGAUGAAUUAACUGAUGAUGCAAGAACAAAAAAUUGUCGUCCUGCCAAGGUGUGCUGGUAUCUUCCAAUAAUACCAAGGUUUAAGCGAUUGUUUGCUAAUGCACAUGAUGCAAAAAACCUUUCAUGGCAUUCAGUUGACCAAAAAUGUGAUGGAUUACUGCGACAUCCUGCCGAUUCUCCACAGUGGAAGACAAUUGAUCGUUUGUAUCCAGAGUUUGGGGACGAGCCAAGGAACCUAAGGCUUGCUCUUGCUUCUGAUGGAAUGAAUACUUAUGGUAGCUUAAGCAGCAACCACAGUUCGUGGCCUGUUUUACUGAUGAUUUACAACCUUCCCCCCUGGUUGUGCAUUUUGCGUAAAUACAUUAUCCUGUGUAUGAUGAUCGCGGGUCCAAGGCAGCCAGGGAAUGAUAUUGACGUGUAG